AUGGAUGAUGGAGAAGAGCUACCGGUUAAAACAAUGCUGAUGCUUCAUGAUGAUUUAAUAUUAAACUGCUUAGCGCGCGUCUCAAGAUCAAACCAUCCAACUCUCUCAUUAGUAUGUAAGAGAUUUCACUCUCUCCUUGCUUCAGUAGAGCUUUACCAAACCCGAACCCUCUUAGGCCGCACCGAGAGGUGUUUCUACAGACAAUAUAGUUCCAGAAAGAUUUUGGUCCAAAUUUUAUCUCCCAAUUCUACCUCUGCGGGUAUUGCAGUGGUUGGUCCUAAUAUCGAUGCCAUUGGCGGAGGAAUAAAGAGUAAUACUUUGUCUAGCGUUAUGGUCAUGGACUCUCGUUCUCACACGUGGCGUGAAGCUCCAAGCAUGCGGGUGCCCCGCAUGUUCCCAUCAGUUUGCACCCUUGAUGGGAAAAUAUAUGUAAUGGGAGGCUGUGAUAAUCUAGAUUCAACGAAUUGGAUGGAGGUUUUUGAUACGAAAACUCAAACUUGGGAGUUUUUACAGAUCCCUAGCGAGGAGAUAUUUGGAGGCUCUGCGUACGAAAGCGUAAGGUAUGAAGGAACCGUCUAUGUUUGGUCUGAGAAAAAGGAUGUGACUUACAAGCUACAUGAAGGUAGAUGGAGUGCAGCAGACAUGUCGGCGAAUGGUUGGGGUUGGCCAGGAUCUUCUUAUUGUGUGAUAGAGAAUGUGUUAUACAGUUGUUUUGUCCACAAAAUCCGUUGGUAUGACCCCAAAGAAAGAGUAUGGACACCUUUAAAAGGACUGCCUUCCUUGCCUUGUAAUGGCCACGUUAAAUUGGCGGAUUAUGGUGAAAAAAUGGUGAUUUUGUGGGAGAAGUAUGUGGAUGUUGAUGAGAAAAAAAUGAUUUGGUGA